UAAAGAAUCUUGUGGCUACCUAUAAAGGCGAAAUCGAUCAGGAUUAUUGGAGCAAAAUUUGUUCGAGGAGAAGUUUUGGAUCAGGUCCAUCAAACAUCUCGGGAUGGAUGCUAGGCUUCUUUCCAUAUGAUCGUACUGGGGAGCCUAUAAAGUACAACUCGCUUGAACCGGAAGAUAUUCCAAAUGGAAGAGUGGCAGUUCCAUUUACAACUGACGGGGGUUUAAAGUUAAAGUUUAUUGCGGGAUUUGUAGGGGCAAAUCAAGAGGUCCUUGAAAAUUCGAACGAAGUCGUUAUUUCACCGGUUAUUGGAUGGUCCGUUAUUGACCACGUGGAGGAUGAAAAAACUCAUACUUGA